AUGUACCCCGUACCCACACCUGUGCUUCAAGCUGCAGUAAGUACGGAGUACUCCGUACAGUGCUUAAUUACUGGCUCGGGGGCGGAGCAUCUACCCUUGCCCGAAUUGGGAAGUAAACAAAACACGACUCUCACCCAUGCCUCGCUUUCGUCGACUUCAUUGAUUCUCACGACAAACCCCUCCCCCUCCCUCGUGGCCAUCAAGAUGCCUUCGCCAGCCGAGGUUACGAUGCCCGCUAUGCGGCGGACUCGGAAAUCUAUAGGUGCCUACACCGAUACGCGAAAGGCCAUGGAUAAGGAGAACGCAACGGUCGACCUCGGCAGCACGUUGGCCGCCAAUCGUAAGAAAUCGAGGAGCAAGAGCAUGGGACCCGGAGGGCUUGAUGCCUUGAAACAUGGAAAUGGAAACAGGCGAGCGUCUCUCGCAGCUCCCAUCAAGCUUCCACGAUCGAUCCUCAAGCCAGCCCUAACUUCACCUUUGGAGUUCUUGCCGCUGAAGAAAGCUCCGCAAGGCACAGAACGGGCAGGAAACAACCGCGAGGCAACAACCGCAACCACCUCGAGCAGGCCCGGGGAAGAUUCCAAUGGCUCCAAGAUUGCCAUUCGUACAGAGGAGGAACAGCAAGCCGCCGCUCGCGAGAGAGAGGAGCGCGAGAGGCGAGAUGCGCGUCGCAAAUCACUGGCCAACCGGAGAGUUUCCUUUGCGGCCGAGGCAACGCUUCACACAUUUCAUGAAGUCGAAGAAAUGCAGGACUCGACAACGUCGACAGACUCGACCAGGAGAGCUUCCUCGUUGGCACGAUCCUCCCUCGGCGGUUCUGUUGCUGGUACGAGUGAAGAGACGUUCGGAUCCCAGGGAGACAGCAUACCUCAAUCGCCAGACGACCAGAAGAAUCUCCACGAACGCAAACGAAGACGGAGCUCCGGCUUGCCCCCAAUUCAAUUUGGCGGCGCCGACGACGACACAAUCGCAUCAACCAUAUAUAGCUCCGACUCGGAGCCCGCGGAUGCCGUGGAGGAUAUUGAAGAAGAUGAGGAGGAAGAAGCGUCCAGCAGCGACUCCGAUGACGGAACAAUGAUGACAAUCGAAGCGGAGGAGAUGACCGGCGUCUCAGUCGCAUCGGAACGGUCGGUGGCGACGGGUGAGGACUCCACACUUGAUGAGGCACUGAGAAUGGCCGCUCAUCGAGCCGGCACCCAACGUUCGGGGAGCCAGGCAGACGACGAGCUCGAUGACGGAGAGGAGGCUAUACCUUCCUUUGGAUGGAUUAAGAAGCCCGGCCAAUCGACGAACGCCUCGGCAGCCAGUGGAACCUCAACUCAACAACCUCACCAUAUUUACGAGGAAGAGGGCGAUGGUGAAACGGAAAUGGAGAUGGACGUGGACGUGGAUGUGGACAUGGAAAUGACGCAUGCGGUUGGGCGAAUCCUUAGGCCAUCACGGAACAUGAAGCAGGAUCAAGAUGGAGAAAUGUCCAUGGACGUAACGCAAGCUUAUGGUGGCAUACUCGACACCCCCACAGGGCCGCGCCAUGCAGAUACAUCGGGCGAACAGGAGGAAACAACCGCCGACGAUGCGACGAUGGAGUUUACUACCAUUUUCGGUGGCAUCCAUCGCCCGCGAAGCCCAGUUCAAGACGACAUCGCCGACAACGAGGACAUGUCGAUGGAGCUGACCACUGUCAUGGGCGGCGUGCUCGGUAGAACGAAGGGGAAGAACGAACCGGCCAGCCGACGACGCUCCCUUCGCCGCCUGUCCAAGAUGAGCAGAGAUGAUGAUGCUAUGGAUCUGACGGUUGGUGUUGGCUGUAUCAUGAACAACGACAGCUCUUCAAGCCGCGAUGCCCUCGAAGACGAUGCGACGAUGGGCAUGGACAUGACCGCUGCCGUUGGGGGAAUCAUCAUGGACAAUCAGACAACUCCCCACACCCCGACCAGGCGAUCAAUGGACGAAGCGGUGGAGGGAGAAAAUGGUUCAAUAGGCACACCUGCAGAGGCGGCGUCACUGGUAUCACCCUCGAGGAGCUCUCCGAGGAGGCUACCGGCCAUCCAGCAGGCUGGGGCAUCGCCGGAACGCGACGAAUUAUUCGCUUUUCGGGGCCACGGACUACGUCGCAGUAUUGUCGAUUCAUCGCAAGGCGUACCAAAGUCUGACCUGUUAUCGCGGACCCCGUCGCCUGCAAAAUUGUCGACGCCCAAGAGGACGCCAGUUUCUGCGAACAAGGCUGUGGCUGCAUUAGAUAUGAAAACCCAAAGGUCACGGACUCCGUCACCAGUCAAGCCGUCGACGCCUAAGCAGGUACCAGCAUCUGCAGACAAGGCUGUAACGGCAUCGCAGACGGCGAGUCUACGAUCACGGACUCCAUCACCUGUCAAGCUGUCGACGCCUAAGCGGGCACCAGAGUCUGCGAACAAGGCGGCAACGGCAUCGCUGAUGGAUAGCCCACGAUCGCGGACUCCGUCCCCCGUCAAGUUGUCGACGCCCAAGAAAACGCCGGCAUUCAGCAACCAGCAUGAUGCGACGGCCGCGCAGAUGACGAGUCCACGAUCAGGUUCACGGAAGAAACCGCAGGCCGAUAUGGCGGUGACAACGCCGUCGUCGGCAAAACGGGCCAGCCGACAGAGAAACUCCCUGUUCGAGCACAAUGCUGUCACUGGCACCAGGACGCCGACGAUUAUCCUGAGCCCACAAAGGCGGGAGCUCUCAGGCCUCGGGGCGGACCGUUCAGGCCUUGGAUCUCCACAAGUGGCCGCUUUGUUUGACCGCCGGGGUUCCCUCGGCGAAUCCUCAAGUAGCUUUGUGCUAGGGAGGCGAACGGUGGCCUUUGAAGAUCCAAACGAACCGGCGGAAGAGGAUUGUGGAGAAAGGCAAGAGGGGGAUAGCAAAGAAAGCCGAGGCAAGAUCAUGGAACGAGAGACGGACGGAUGCCAAGAGGACAAAGAUGCGACGUUCAACUUGCGGGAAAUGAUCAACAGUCUCAGCCCUAAGCGGAAGCCUCUAAAGGGCAGAAAGAGCCUUCACGUGGGAAGCGCCAUGGGUCUCUUGGGCAAGCGUCCGGCCGAGUUGGAUGACGAAGAAGCGGAGGAUGACGAGACGGGCAAGCGGCUCAAGGGGCGCCAGGAGAGUCCGGUGAAACGGAUCAAACUACAGCAACCGCCAUCGAAAGCCGAGACGACAGGACGGCUCACGAGGUCGGCUCGGAAGAGCCUCGAGCAUGGCGACAGCAGAAUGGCCUCGUCACCGUCGUCGCCGCUCAGUGGGCAUGUCAACGCACUUCGGGUGAAGGAUGGCGAUGCCAUGGACGAGGUCGGCUUCCACAACUCGCGAGGCAACGACGGUGCAAGUCUCGAGGAAGGAGAGGAAAAGAUUCAUCUGCAAGACUUUUUGGACAUGACAUCGAUACGGUUCAUGGAAUUGACAACGACCAAACGCCGUCACACCAUCGCACCCGGAAGCCUACAGGAUGGCACGGCGGCCGAGGGCGAUGACGGCUGGUGCCUGGAGCGCUGCGUUGUUGCGGGCGCCUGCACGGUACCGAUGCUCGAGCUGUACCAGCAUUCGUGCCGCGAGCUGAAGAAAUACAUAUCGGAAGGGCGGCGUAUGGUCAAGGAGAUUGAAAACGACACGUUCGAGGAGAACCCCCCCUUGUUCCGAGAGUACAUCUCGGCCAGCCCGGAUGUCAAGGCGCUCAUGGACAAUCAGUUCAAGAAUGUCAAGUCUCACGCGAGGCUGUUGAGCAAGGCCAUGUGGUACGAGUGGAGGAUGAAGCUGCAGGACGGUCUCAAGGAAGGCCUAAUCAACAUUGCCGAAGGGAUGACGAAGGAUAAUCAGGUGCUGCAGCAGCAGGAAGACUUGCUGGCAGGCGUGCUCCCGGACGUCGUUGCGCGCCAUCAAGCCCUGGAAGAGGAAUGCGGCAACCUCGAGGAGGCAGCCCAGGAACUGGCCGAUUGCGAUCCCGCGGAGCUCGAGGCUGCUCGGAAGGAACUGAGCAGGGUCGAAAGCGAUAUCGCGGAGAAGAAGAAGCUCAUCAGCGAGCUCCGACAGGCAUUGGAGAAAUCAACGUCCGACGUGGAAGCGCUGCGUGAGCGGAAGCAAGAAUGCGUCCAAGACAUUGAAAAGUCGGAACGGACACGAGAGGAGUGCCGUGGCUGGACAAUCGGCGAAGUCAACGCGCUGAAAGGUAUGCCGGCCAUCCCCCUGAUUCCUGCUUUGAUCGGGGUGCAUUUCGCUGACAGGAGCACGUUAGAUGGCGUCGACACGAUCGAAAGGCAACACGGCUGGGCCGUCACGGGACUGACCGGAACGACACUUUCGAUGACGUACCGGCGAGAGACAGAAGUCGUGUUCGACGUUGCCUCGUUCCAGCCUCACCAGCCAAGCUGCCAGAUCGACCUUUGGUACAUUGCGGAUGAGCGAGAGCACAAAAGUCAGGCGCCGAGGAGGGCGGAGAGGGAAGUGCUCCUUCAGUGCAUACGCGAUCACAUCCGAGCAUUGCCUCAAGGCCAGACCAAGAUCCGCCACCUGCUGGACGAAGUUCGUGACGGCUGGGACAAGGCGCGUCUGGUGUCAUCGCGUAUCAAUCGCGUACAUGUCACCUUCCCGACGACGGUCAUCAAGACAUCUGACUCGAGCGUGGCCAUGACGAGCUCGCUGCUGUUGCCGCCCAUCGAGACGAGGGUGGAGGUCACUUUGCAUCUGCACGGCCGCAGCACCGCCGACAGGAUGGACGUGGGAAUCUCGGCCGAGGCGAAGGUGGUGUAUGGUGAGCAUUUCAACCUCGCCAAGAUUGUCGAAUUCCUGAUGGCGAGGAUUGGCCCAUCCGUGACGACCGAGGGCGAGGAUUGGAGCAAGGUGAUGGUGGAAUUGCAGCAGAGGUUGAUUGCGAGAGGAAAGAAGUAG